AGUAUAUAAAUCUAUUUUGGAUACCCAAAAUACUUCGGUUCGGAUCGGAUUAGAUUUCAGUUCUUCAAAUACCAAAAUUUUGAAUAAUUCGGAUAUUUAAUCAAUUCCGGUUCAGAUUUAGUACUACUUAUUCGGAUUGGGAUCAGUUCAAUUCUUCGAAUUCGAAUUUUUUGCUCAACCCUAAAUUGUGACAUAAAAAUUAAAUAGCAUCAUAUUUUAAAAAAAAAAUACACCCGCACAGGCGUGCGGGUCCAAAUCUAGUUUAUAUUUAUUUUCACAAGCCUCCGGACUGUAUAUGAUACAAGCAAGAAAAAAAGUUAAUUUUUAUAAGGUUUUUAGAAAAUACAAUAUUGUAGUAGGGAACGUACAAUGUCAGAAGCCAUGGUGAACACUACGAGAAAAGACAUUUAGUUUGGUCACCAAAGCUGUAUUGUUCAAUUUGCAGGUCUUCUGUAAUGUAAAUUCUAAAUUCAAGUACAUGUUGUACAUUACAAGCAAAUACGGAAAGAACAUUGCCAAAUAAAAGCAGUUGUGCUCCUGUUUAAUAAAUAGAAAAUUCAUAAAAGAAAAGAAAGUAAAAUAAAAAUCAAAUCCAAAAACAUGUUUUAGAAACGUUAUGGAUCUUGAAAUUACAGUAGAAAAACGUAAACCGUGCACACAUCUAAGGUACACUAUUUAUACAUGAUUAUGUUACACAAUAAUUGUUGGGAUCCAAUAGGAAUUAAAGAUAUUUUCUUUGUUAAAACGUUACCAUUUUGAUUGGACUUCUGCUAUUUUCCGGGUGAGUGAUAAACAAAUUCUAAAAAUAUUAAGCUGUUAGCAUGUGUUUUGGUCAUUAAAAUAUUAGUUAAGAUGAGAGGUUGGGGCCUAAAGAAAAAUGAAUUUGAAUAUAGGAUAGAAAACAGAAAAUAAACAAAAAAAAAAGUGGAUGAGUAAGAGCAUCUUCAACCCAUUUCUAUAAUAGAGAUCUCUAAAAUAGAGAAAAAAUAUAGAAGUUGUUUUUGCUCCAAUGUGUUCUUGUAUAAUAGAGGAAUGCUAUAUUUGCUUCUAUAAAUAGAAGAAUGCUAUUUUUUCCCUUAUAUUUAGAGAAAAAAAUAGCAUUCCUCUAUUUAUAGAGACAAAUAUAGCAUUUUUCUAUUAUAGAGGAAUACUUUGGAACAAAAACACUAUUUUUAUUUUUUUUUCUAUUUUAGAGAUCUUUAUUAUAGAGUUGGGUUGGAGAUGGUGUAAAAGUUUGGCCUAUUUGUACUGCAAGGAAAGAGAAAACAUGAACCUCGUGCGUUAUACUAUCUUACAGAUACACAUCAUUUAUUAUUUUUAAAACUCACAUGAAAAAAUCUUUUUAUCAUUACUUCUUCCUCUCGCGCCUCUUCGUCUAAAAAAACAUAUCCUUCAUUUUUCUCUUUCCUCUCCAUCUCUGUUUUAGCUAGCAAGAACGAUCAGAUCAAAGAUGUCUAGAGUUACCACAGAGCUAGACUUCUUCGGUCUUGAGAAGAAGCAGACCAACAACGUUCCAAAGCCUAAGUUCAAGAAAUUUCUCGACCGUCGUCGCAGUUUCCGAGAUAUUCAAGGUGCGAUUUCUAAGAUCCAUCCGGAGAUUAUCAAAUCGUUGUUAGCUUCUGGUGCUAACCAUGCAGAUUCAUCGACUAUAUCUCCUUCGGUUCCGUCUACUCCAAAGGCAGAUUAUCCUCAGAUCCCUAUUUCUCCGGUCCAAGCGCCUCUCACCAUGCAAACGGAACAUAGCUCUGGAACUGUUCCUAUGACAAUCUUCUACAAUGGAACCGUCUCCGUUUACCAAGUGUCUCCUAACCAGGCUGAUGAUAUUCUGAAGGUUGUCAUGGAAACAGCACCAAAGAAAGACAAAUCGAUUGUGAAAGAUCAUUUGGUAAUUCCUCCGACCACCCUAAGGACAAAGCUCUUUGGCAAGAAUCUAGAAGGAGAUCUUCCCAUCCAGAGGACAAGGUCACUGCAAAGGUUUCUUGAGAAGCGCAAGGAGAGAUUAGUAUCAAUAUCUCCUUACUUCCCCACAUCAGGCUAAACGAAACUCUCAUCUCUUUGUUGAUUGGGACUUGAAACCAAAUGUUCAUUUCACCUUCCAAUACAUCAACGUUCGUUUUGCGUUUGGCUUCUCUCCAUUCCCUUGGAAUGACGACAUGCUAAACGUUACUUUCUAUGAAUUAAAAUACAGUAUGUUAUAAAAAUAUGUUUGUUAAUUUCUUAAAUGAUUAUUCUCUCUAGUGUCAUUGACCUUUUGCGCUAUACUUCCACUACGUUUGUUGUAUUUUUAGUAUUUUGAAAAGAAAAUUAACGCCCAUCUUGACUCCUCAUGAAGCUUCCGUUUGCGUAUUAGAGAAAAUGUGCCUAUAAACACCGUCUUCGAUUAUAAAUAUAUUUGUUUGGUUUGGUUCUUGUCCCUAUAUAUGUAUUAUAAUGGAAAUAAGUUGAAGAAACACGUGAGUGUAUGUUUGUUAUUAUAAUACGAACGGUCGAGUCUUGCCGACUAAUGUGACUUAUUUGCUUAAAGUCUUUAGUCAUAGCACGAGUUUGGUGGAAUCAUAACCAGGGAAGAGAAAUAAGAGACGGAUAAAGUGGGCGUUACUUUGUGUGUGCGCCUUCGUUUUAACCCAUGGGUUUUUACCAUUACCGCUUUAAUUGAAUAGUAUCCAUCACUAUCAAUCUAGCAUUAACAAAGCACGGCUUGUCCGGAUUAAAGAAACAAUAACCCCCAGUUAAUGUCGUCUUUACAGUUGAAAUCAAAGUACCAUAUCAUCUUUUGUUAUUAGAAUUUCAGAAAGUGACAUCAUGAUCAUCUAUUGUACUUGCAUAUAUAUAUUGCAUAGCAAUUCAUUUAAACCAAACCACCAUUAAUUGUACAAUCAGAUGAUUUGUGCGUGUAUAUUUGAAGUGAAAUCAUGAUCAUUAUCUAAGUACGUAGUCUUUUAAUAACAUAGCAUAUUCUGCAUAUUUAAAAUGACAUAUUAAAUGAAAAUACAAACACACAUUUUUUCUUCUUUUUUUUUUGCUAAAUUGUAAACAUCAUUUCAGAAAUGAACUGUUGAGGUUUACAAGAUAUGUUGAACAAACUGUAAAACCUUUAAAACAUACUACUAAGGCAAAAAAAGGUAAAAAAACAUGGAAGCAGACAUCAAUCGAACUUGAAACCAUUAUGCUUUGGAGCGAACAGGACUUCAAGUAUCGAUACAAACUUGUAAUAGCCGGAUGGAAGGUUGAGCCGAGACGGGCUUGAAAGGAAAGACUCGAGAAACUAGAACGCAAGGAACAGAACACUAGUAGGAAGUAGGGAUGGCAAAUGGACCGCAGCCCGCGGGCCUGGCCCGUACAAGACCCAUGCGGGGCGGGUUUGGGCAGAGAUACUGUAGGCCCAUUUGUGAGCGGGUCUCGCGGGCUAAGUCUCAUGCGGGUUGGGCUUUUGCGGUUUGGGUCACUGCGGGUCUUGCGGGUCUGACUGAACCCGCACCACUUCCUCUUUGUUGUGUAUCCACCUGAAAAAAAAAAGACAAAGACGAAAAUGGCGAUUUAUGUUCUCAGAGAAGCCGCGACUCCAUUGACGCACACCAGAGGAUGCAUGUUCUUCUUCUCCUUGACUAAGGCCACCACCGGAGCUUCUCUCUGUCUUCUUCCACCACCAUAACUUCUCUUCUUGGAGAUCCCGCCACUGAAACUUUUCUCCUUCCUCGAGCCUCCACCGGAGCUUCUCUCCUUCCUCGAGCCUCCACCGGAACUUCUCUCCGUCUUCUUUCCACCACCAUAACUUCUCUUCUUGGAGAUCCCGCCACCGGAACCUCUCUCCUUCCUCGAGCCUCCACCGGAGCUUCUCUCCUUCCUAGAGCCUCCACCGGUGCUUCUUGUUCCUGGACUAUAAAGGUAUUUAUUCAUUAUAUUAUGUGAUUAAGGCCACGUACUGUUCAACGUAUUAUCUGCUGACGCUUCUUUGAUGAAGUAGAAUAAGAAGUAAUAGGACGACUUUUGGGAUCCAAAGAGAGCUCAUCGUCUCAAAAAUUUUGGGAGCAGCAAUCUAGUAUUGGUCAACCAUGAACAUGAACCAAGUUUCCGAGUAUGUGAAAACCGAUCCAACUGGUCGCUAUGGACGUGUAAGUAGGAAGACAGAGUCUUAUCUUCACGAAUCAAUACCUUUUUUGUAACACUUGGUUUUGUACUGGAACAGUGUUAGACUAAUCUUGAUUUUAAUUUAUUAUCUGAGAUAGCAGUGCUGCAAAGAACCACCGGAGAGAGAGACGUGAACUACCGGCGGGGCGGGCCACGGCGGGGCGGGGCGGGUGGUACCGUUUGCCACUAAUAUUUGGCUACCCGCGGGCUGCCCGCAGAGUCUUAAAAUGUUAGCGGGGCGGGUUUGGGCAUGGCAAUUGAGACCGCGGGUUGUGGCGGGCCAACCCGCAAAGAACCGCCGGAGAGAGACACCGCGGCGGGGCGGGCUACGGCGGGGCGGGUGGUACCAAUUGCCAUUCCUAGUAGGAAGCGGAUUCAACGGCUGCCUGCACAACUUGCUUUACUCCGAGAGACAAAAACGAUUCCGCUCAAGGACUGUCCUCUAGGUCCGGACUGGGAAAGAACUAAAUUCGGAUUCAGCAAAAGACGGGACAACACACACUACGGGUACUUAAUAGCGCUCAAGUAACUCUACCGCACUCCCCCUCUAAAUCGGUACAGAGAAAGGGGCAGCAUUACCACUUCCCGAGUCUUACUACCUCCUCCAACUGCAAAGUGUUACCAGGAGCUCCAAGGAAACGAAGAACCUCCACAACCCAACUCAAUUAAACCUGCAAUACCAAUCCAUGAUAACAAGAAACGCCAAUACCAACAACAAAGGAGGGGAGAGGAGCUAAGUUAAUGCAUCACUCAGUAGCUAAUCGCCAAUCUUGACUCAACGGAGUGACAGAGAUGAUCCUAUCGCAUUCAGUCCGAGGUCCCGAAACCUCUAGCUCAGACGACGCGUACCCGGAUAGCCUUUGAAGGUAGCGGCAAAAAGCGACCUUUUCUUCCAAUCUUGCGAAAAGAUUUAGGUGUCGGGAGAGGAGAUUGCUUCGGUGGUGCGGAGGAUGAAGCGGCGGGACAGUCGCUAGAGGCACCGCAUCGCAAAACCCUCUCAGUUUCGACGAAUUUAACGACGUCCUCUGCGAAGACGACGACUCGAAACAGAGUCACUCACCGACAAACCUUCACGCCGAAGAUGGAUUUGGAUAUGGCGGGGUCGGCAAAAGCCCUCUCGCAGCGCCGAACGCGCCGGAGAGGCGAUCGGAUCCAAGAAAAAAAGUUUUCGAAAGUUAGGAAUGAAAGAGAAAUUGGGGGCGCGUGAUUUCUAAUCGCCUUCGAUAGGAAAACCGUAUGAACAUGACAAACACACAUUAGUACACACAUUAGCUUUGUUAUUUAGAAUUUAUGGAGGUGGUUAAUUCUUCGAAGGCUAAGAUCACACAGGGACUUGAAUAUUUAAUCCCUUAAAUUAGCAUUAUUGACAUCUUUAAAAAAGUAUUAAUAAUUUCGAUAUGGUUAAACUUAUCCGGCUAAUAAUGCAACUGCAGAUCACUGUUUUGAUUUGAUCUAUGUAUCAAAGAUAACAAUCGUAAUCUGAGCUACUAAUCAAUAAUUGUCAUUACAACUCCACUACAUGACAAUCAAUAGGUGACAUACAAUAACUCAAGUCUAAUACUUCUAAACUAUUACAACUCCACUAGUUUAAAUUGGAUUCGAUAUAGAUUUAAAGCGACAAGGCAAGUAUCACCAUUCAUGAAACCGCUGAUUUGUAGCAUCAGCAUUUGUUGAUUAAACAUUUUUGGUUAAGUACACACUCUACAAUGCAGAAGUAUUCGAUAUCUAAUAUAUUUUCCCCAUCAAUCUUCUUUGUUCAAACUUAAAUUUUUUGAAGAAUCUAUAAUUCCUUUUUAAACAUUCAUGAUUUGAUAGAAAAAAUUGAAUCUAUCGUUUCAACCAAAUAACGAAUCAUGCUCAUUAGCCAAGCCUUGUUCUAUCUUUUAAACUCCUUUGGAUAUGGAACAAUUUUUUAGUAGUAUUAUAGAGCAACAGGUCAGAAUCAAUUCAAAUUACAUCUGUGUAAUACGUUCAGAUCAAAUCUACUUAUAGGAAUUAAUAUAAAUUCAAAAACAUUUUGAUCGAAAAGCAUCAAAAUCAAUCAAGAUUUCCAAAUUAACUAGCGCCAGAUUUAAUAUAAAUUAAGUGUCAAAAUACGGAUCUGAACUAAGCAGUCAUGAUACAUCAACAGUGGUUUCCCUUUCACACUAGUUUGAGACAUACCAUUACUAAUUCUUAUGCGUUUCUUCUGUACAAGAACAGAUGGAUCACAAGAUGUUACAUUCCUAAUUGGCAUCGGUUGAAAACAAUUCAAUCUACCGAACCAAGAGAUUAAAUCCAUUAUAAAUCAAUUUAAGCAAUUAGCAAACAUUUUAAGCGGAAGUUUAUGAAAUUGCAAAAGAAGAAAAAUCUAUAGAUUGGUGAAUGGGAGCAUCAGUUUUAAAAAGCUCGAUUUAUAUAAUCCGCAUGGUUAAUUGGAAGCACCGUUGUAGUGCAUAAAAAAAUCAUCAUCUGCUCCGAUUCAUUUAAUCGAAAUUAAAAUUUUAGAUUCCAAAAAGUGGAGAGAAAAGACAGAACAAAACACUAGCAGUAAUCCAUCCGACAUGCAAACCUUAAACAGAAACAUUUAAAACAGCAGAUAGUCAA